AUGAACGGUCAAAUCAAGCCGGAAAUAAUAGUUAUGAUGGUUUUUGUUGUGUUUUUUGCGCUGCUGGGUUGUAUUAUUAAAUGUUGUGAGGGUUUUCACCAUGUUUAUGGAAGGAGCGAUGAUGAACAUGGUGUUAUAAUUAUUACCAUCGAAAAGUUGGUUGGAGUCAAUCCCUCUGUUCUCCGAUCGAUCUCCGUCGUAGAUUUCAACUCUCAGGACUUCAAAGAUGGUGUUGAAUGCGUCGUUUGCCUCUCUGAGCUCGCUGAUGGAGACAGAGCUAGGGUUUUGCCGAGCUGUAACCACUGGUUUCAUGCCGAUUGCAUCGACUCGUGGUUUCAAUCUCACUUCACUUGUCCUAUCUGUAGAAAGAUAGUUGGUUCGGCGCAGCAACUAGUUUUGCCGAAAAUCACGAUCGAACCUUCAGAUUUUCUAACCAAUCCUCCUCCGAAUACGGGCACGGCAAUGGACGACGAUCUAAAAGUUCUCUUCGAAUUGGCGAUUGUGCUUGCGUUAUAUUGCGGAGCGCUGUGGUGUUUAUGUCGUCUGGAGUCUUAUCUGCGCAACUACAACCUUCCGACUCAACCUCCUCGUAGCUUUCAUGAUUUGAUCAAAAACAUCGAACCCUCCGGAAACUACAAGCCUCCCGCUCCCCGACCAAUCCCCGUCGUGACAUUCAACUCUCGCCACUUCAAAGACGGCAUCCAGUGCGUCGUGUGCCUCUCCGAGCUCGCCGAAGGAGACAAAGCCAGGGUUUUGCCGAGCUGUAAUCACUGCUUUCACGCCGAUUGCAUCGACCAAUGGCUUCAAUCGAAUUCCAGUUGUCCUGUCUGCAGAAACAACAACAUCGGUCGUUUGAUCCUAAGUAACGGCGAGGUUGUGAUAGACAUCCUCGGCGGAACCUGA